UGUAGUGAUACUUCAAAAUGAUAUCAGAAACGAAAAUUGGAUCGGCAUUCGCCAAAAUGUUAAUAAAUGGUGGUCUAAUGUUUAUCGUUGCAACACUUUUUUUUCCCGGUGAAAUUCCGGGAUGGGAGACCAAGGAUGAUGAAAUUGAUUACCGUUUACCAAAUCACAUAAUACCAUUGCACUAUACAAUCAAAUUGAUGCCAAUUAUCGAAUAUACGGAGAAAACUUUUUCAUACAAUGGUUCCUGCAGCAUCACUCUCUUCAUUCUUUAUUCAACAUGGAACGCAACCUUUCAUCUCGAUAAUAUAAUAGAACUACAGACAGCAGUAAUAGAUGAUUACUUCAUUGCAACUUAUUUGCAUGCGGUUUUUUCGUACGACGCUGCAAAAAGCACAAUGGUUCUUUAUUUCUUCCAUGAGAUGUCACCUGGGAUUUAUAUUCUGACAAUAAACUUUUCUGGAAUUGCAAAUGAUAACAACCAGGUCUUCUUUAGAACUCGUUACAAAAACAGAAAAAAUUUUACAGAGUUGAUGACUCUGACAAAUUUCCAAAGGAUUGGGGCGCGACAAGUGUUCCCGUGCUGGGAUGAACCAGCAAUGAAAGCAACAUUUAUGAUUUCUGUAACUUAUUAUCCUGGGUAUAUGAGUUGUUCAAAUAUGCCGAUAGAAUUGACAGAAGAAGAAGAAGAAGAUUUUGAAUGGACGAUAGACCACUUCCACACUACUUUACCAAUAUCCCCGUAUCGCAUUGGAAUUUUAUUCACCGAAAAUAGUUUCAGGGACAAUAUCAUCAACAAUGUUACAGUACAUUAUAGACGUAAUAAAAAAACAAUAGAAAAAGAUCUAACAUUUGCAAAAAUGAUUAUCAAAAAUGUCACAACAUACUUAAAAUCGAAAUGGAAGAUCAUAGAAAUGAUUCCAAAGAUGGAUUAUGCAAUAAUUCCGGGUCUCAUAGACAAUAGCAUUCAGAAUUGGGGACUCGUUUGUUACAAUGAAGCAGAUGUUAUCUACAGUAAUACAUUAGAAACCGCUGGUCUCGACAGAGAGGUGGCAUACUUAGUGGCACGACAAGUAGCAAGUCAGUGGUUUAGUAAUCUGGUCAGCCCAUCUUGGUGGUCCGACGAGUGGUUAAAUGAAGGUUUAACUAUGUUCCUUGGCAUGGAUGCUAUCGAUAAGCUUUUUCCGGAUCAUCAAAUAAUGGAUUUAUUUAUAGUCCAAAAUCGUGACUUGCUCAAUUUGGACUUACAUAUGAGGAAAAAACCUUUUAUGUCAAAAAUCAAUAGUCCCACUGAUAUUAAUUCGCUUUCGCUUUUUCCCUAUUAUCUCAAAGCAUCUGCUUUUUUACGCACGUUGCAACUUGUGAUUACCGAGCAGGUAUUUGAAGACGGUGUUCACAUCUAUUUCAACACGCAUAAAUUUAGCUCGGCAACUUCUGACGAUUUCUGGAAUGCUAUGCAAACUGCCCUGAAAAAAACACAUCAUGCACACAAAUUCAAUUUUAGAGAAAACUUACUUAAAUGUAUGUGGCACUACACUUGUAUUACGGUGGAGGUGAACCGAGAUUAUGAUACUGGAAAUACAACCGUAUCAAUCAAAUAUGACAUAUUAAACUGCGAUUUUCACAUCGAUAUAGAAAACAUUAGGAUACCUGUGACUUACACAACUCAAAAUAAUAUCAACUUUGACAUAACUUCGCCCACGAACAUCAUGUGGGUGAACAUGUACGAAAACGAGUACCAAUCAUCUUUGCCUUUAACCUUUCAUUCGAAUGAUACAGAUGGUUGGUUAAUACUCAAUUUACAACAAAUCGGAUAUUACCGCGUCAAUUAUGAUGUAACAAAUUGGCAGAGAAUUGUAGAAUACUUGAACACAAAGGAUUAUACGAAAAUUCAUGUUCUCAAUCGCGCUCAACUCAUCGAUGACAUGUUUCAUCUUGUGCAAACCUCAAAAUUAUGCCUCUUUUUGACGUGCGCUGAAACACAUGAUUAUGCUGCUACUUUGUUUUUGAAACUCUUGAACUACCUCUCGCAAGAAACAAAUUUUGUGGCAUGGUAUCCUAUGUUCAAAGCUUUUGAAUACUUGUCGUAUGCUUUUCCAUUUCCAAAAAUGGAAAAUAUUAAGGAAGACAUGAGAAAAACGUUGAAUAGUGUUAUUGAAAUGAUAGGAUACGAUGAUCCUCUCCAGAAAGAUCUUUCUAACAAUUCUUUUUAUAAUUCUAAUAUAAUUUUAAGACACGAAAUUCGAAGAUGGGCAUGUGUUCUCAAUGUCACCAAAUGUAAAGAAAAGGUCUACAAAAUAUUGCUGAAUCACAUUAUUAAAAUAAAUCUUUCAAAGCAGUCUUGGUCUAAUGUAUCUAGGUCUGUGCCAAGAUUAAAAAGAUGGACAAUUUGUAAUGGCAUAAUGAUAGCAGGAAAUGAUAUGUGGCAUGAGAUACUGAAUAUAUGGCAAUACACAUCUAACACUAAACUGUUAGAAUUUUUGGCUUGCACCGAAAAUUCUACUAUCACCAAGCAAUAUUUGGAUAUGCUAAUGUCAGAAACAUAUUUUACAGCCAAGGACCGCAUUCAUAGUUUUUACUUUAUUGUUGCCAAACGUGUAAAUGAUAAUGCAGUAUUGGACUAUAUAGAAAAGAAUUUUGAAAAAAUAAUACCCAAAGAAGUCGGUACUACUGCAGCAUUAAUUUUUGUUAUUAACCAUCUAUAUAACGUGAGUCAACUUAUGCAGCUAAACGUCUUCGUAAAAAACGAUUUACAUAAUUUAUUUUCUCCUUCAGUUGUUCUUGAUAAGGUAUUUAAGCGCAUCAUACGUAUAUAUCAAUUGAAACGCAAAUUGGUGGAAGCCAAUCUUAUCAAAUGGUCGAACAAUUAAUAAAAUAAUUGUAACGCAUAAAUGUGCCAUAAGUUCAAUUGCAUUGCUUUAUAUUAUUACUCUUAUAAAAAUAUUUUUUGUAAUUAAAAUUUCCAGCUUAUUACGUUAACACAUUAAAUCUGAUAUGAAAUUAGUAAUAUAGUCGGAAAUAUGAUCCGUCGAAAUGAUUGUCAAAAUAGGAUACAUAGCAAUUGUAUUGAUAAAUAAAAAGAUUUUAUACAGUGUUCUGUAAAUCAUGAUAAUUAGAAAAAAAAUGUG